AUGCCAAACAUAGGAGGUCCCACGGACACUGCUAGAGUUCUUUUAGCAUCAGUUUCCAAGUCGGUGAUGCUUUAUGCUGCUCCGGUGUGGGCGCAUGCUCCAACCAUUAAGUCGUAUUCACGUGUAAUGAAAAGUGCACAUAGAUUGUCAAACCUACGCAUCUGCCGUGCUUACCGUACAGUAUCGGACGAUGCUGCGGGAGUAUUGGCUGGACGCAUGCCAAUAGACUUUGAAGCGUUCUUGGCCAGAGACAGUUUCUUCCAGUGCUCUCAUCGGCGAACUACUGAAACUGGGAAAUCUCUGGCAGAGUCUUAUUUAGAUGUAAGAAACAAAUUCCUUAAUGAAUGGCAACAUAGGUGUGACCAUUCCCAAUAUAAUUCCAAAUAUAGGAGUUUGGAUUAA